AUGACAAGUCCCCACGGGACAGCCAAUGAAACGGAUAACGUGUAUUAUGCCUUUGUUCCUGCAUUCGACGCCGUAGGGGGUUUGAUAGCACUCUCAAAACCCCGGUUGCAGGCCCCUUCCAAUCCCACAAAUCAGUUGUGGAUAACAUUUUUAAGAUAUGCUAUCGGUUUGGAGGGUAAUCGCAUCAAAGAGCGACACUACCAGGUGUGUCAGCUCUAUAACGCUACUUACGAUCUUACGCUAGAAUGGGAUGGCGCUUUCCAAAACGUCACACAUUCGUACGAGGUUCUAGAAGAAGUGCACUUCCCCACCGGGAGACCAGACCCCGUCUCCGGUAUGUCCCGACACUCAUACUCGGCAUUUAUGUGGGCUCUAACCGAUCAGUUGGUUGGCGCCUUCAGUUGGUUCGAGGAGUUGAAUCAAUCCAAUUCUGGUAAUCUCACCCAGUUUGGCCUCAUUGAUACGCCAAUCGCGCACACCAGCCUUCUCGGUAGCUCAGAUCUCGACGUCUUCUUCGAUUUAAACAGAGAUAAAGGCUGGUCUCCCACUGGCAAUACCACUCAGCUGUCCAGCCAAAGACUGCAAGACAAAGCCUUGGCGAAAAACCGUACCCUAGACAUUUUGAUCGAGGAGCUAAGCUUCAACACGACAGUCAGCCUGCUCCAUAACGAGCUUCUCACCUACAACACCACCACCAAAGUCGUCCGCUGGGAGCCCGUAAAUCGGUACAGCUACGACCCUCGGGACCUCUUCCUCCCCUACGCCGUCGCCAACGUCUCUACCCUCCUCAUCGUUCUUCUCGGCGUUGUCUCUUAUUGUCGCAACGGCGUCCUUCCCAAUAAGAAGUUUGGGGACAUCGUCAUCGCGGUCGGCGAUGGGCGCAUCAGCUACGCCGUUUGA